GCUGGAAAGAGGGUUUUACCCACCACCCCCUCCCCCGGGUUUAGCUGAAGCGAUCCAAACCUCCUGGCGAAAGAUAGCGAGACAGCUUUCCAAUGUUCCAGAUCAGGUCUCUUGGCCUUUGUUCCAAAGUGAUGAUGCAGGUCCGCAACCCCUGGAACUGUGGGAACUGCAUUACCCAGAAAACUCUGGUGGCAAAGGAAAGACGUAAAGCCAAUGAGCGUUAGGAACAGAGUCAGCUUCCAGUUUGCACUAUAAGGCUAGGGCGGGACUUCCGGCCUCGCACCUUUGGGCCUCCGAUUUCCUGAUAUUGGCUUAGUGCAGCGAUCUUUAUUGCGGAGCCGUGAAAGCCGAAUCAAAGUUCCGCGAGUGGGAAGCCUUGGAGUCGCGGGCAUUGGGUCCACCCCAGCUCACAGCGGCUGGUGCUGUGACAGCGGCGGUGGUGACAGCCAGGCGCGGGUCCCCGCCCAGUCAGCCGACGCCAAUGGCGGUCGCGGCACUGAGAGAUCAGGUUCAGGUAAAGGCCCGAUGUCCCUUAGUGCACCCGAGGACUAGAGCCCAGUUUGUGGCUCCUGAUUCAGUCAUGUAGUUCGUAGUUUUGUGUCCAGGUUAUUGGGGAAGGCCUGAGUGGCGACUUAAUUUCCUAAGCUACUACGAUGAGGUUCGGGUGAGUGUUAAAGGCAGAGGGCCAGUUUUGUGACGUCUCAGUGGGGGACCAUUGAGCCAGGAGCAUUUGCUCACCGUUGGGAGAGUCGGAGUUUUAUCUUCAUUUUUCAGGGCGCUGGAAACCAUGGAGGGGUCUGAAAAGAAGAGGCAGAUGAGUUAGGAUUUUUUCAGAGUUUCACAAAAGCUCCUGAGAAUUAGUUUAGGAGGAUGACAGUACUGAACAAGCAGGAGGUUGUACCCUUGUACACGUUCCUACAGGUAAAUCCGCAUCAAGGAGUGAGGCUCUUUUGUGAAUGUCACAACGUAUCCCCAGUACAACAAUUAAAACAAAAAAGAGUAAGGCUCAUUCUCAGUCACCUGGAUCCUAGGUUGGACAGGGGAACAGGGAAGCCUGAUCCCAUGGAACCUACCAUGAUUCAUGAUUGCCUGCCUCUCAUGACCUCGCUCUUUCCACAGAUUCCCAUCACUAUGGAAGGGCUGAUAGACAGUGCACAGGCCUGUGUGACCUUUGAGGAUGUGGUCAUUUACUUCUCCCAGGAGGAAUGGGAGUUCCUUAAUGCAGCUCAGAGGCUCCUGUACCUCCAUGUGAUGCUGGAGAACUUUGCACUUGUAACCUUCUUGGGUUGUGGGCAUAAACUGGAGAAUCAUGAGGCCUCUGUGCACAGUAUUUGUCUGAAAGGGGUGUCACACUUGAUGACUCCAGAGGCAAGUCAGUCCCUCCAGAACACUCACCCCUGUGACAUCUGUGUCCUAGUCUUGAAAGACAUUUUGUACCUGGCUACUCCACCUGUGCAGAGACUGUGUUUGCUCGGGGCAUGUGCAAGGCUUCAUCAGUACCGGGAGCAUCACACUGCAGAGAAACCUUUGAAGAGGGAUAUGCAUGGGACCCCAUUUGAAAGGAGCUAUGAGUUUUUUGUGCCAGGGAAGCACUUCAAAUUUGAAAACCUUUGGAAGGAUUUCUCAGGUUUUUUUGACUUGCAGCCACAGGUCAUUUCUUAUGGUGAGAAUCCAAACGAUUCCAAGUUUGGAGAGGCCUUUCACUAUGGGAAAAGUUAUUACAAAUUGUUUAAAUUUGGAAAAGCUUCUAUCCACAACAACAUGGCUUUUCAUAACCUAAGCAUCUACACUGGAAACAAUCUUUAUGAGCAUAACAACAGUCAGGAAGUGUUCCCUGAUGAGUACUCACUUGCUCAGCACCAGAGAGUCCACACUAUAGAAAGACCUUAUGAGUGCAGAGAAUGUGGUAAAUUAUUUAAGCGAAGAGCUGACCUUACUGUACAUCAGAGAGUGCACAGUGGAGAAAGGCCUUAUGAGUGUAGAUACUGUGGGAAAUCCUUUAAGCGAGGAGGUGAUCUUACAGUUCACCAAAGAGUCCACACUGGAGAAAGGCCUUAUGAGUGUAGAGAGUGUGGGAAGUCAUUUAAGCAAGGAUAUACCCUUACUGUACACCAGAGAGUCCACACUGGAGAAAGGCCUUAUCAGUGUAGAGAUUGUGGAAAAUCCUUUAAAGAAAGAAGUGUUCUUACUGUACACCAGAGAGUUCACACCGGAGAAAGGCCUUAUGAGUGUAGAGAGUGUGGGAAAACCUUUAAGGAAAGAAGUGUUCUUACAGUACACCAGAGAGUUCACACUGUUGAAAGGCCCUAUGAAUGUAGAGAAUGUGGGAAGUCCUUUAAGCGAGCAUGUGACCUUACAGUGCACCAGAGAGUGCACACUGGAGAAAGGCCUUAUGUGUGUGCAGACUGUGGCAAGUCCUUUAAGCGAAGAGGUAACCUUACAAUACACCAUAGAGAUCACACUGGAGAAAGACCUUAUGAGUGUAGAGAUUGCGGAAAAUCUUUUAAGCUGGUACGUGCCCUUACUGUACACCAGAGAGUCCACACAGGAGAAAGGCCUUAUGUGUGUACAGAUUGUGGGCAGUCCUUUAAACGACGAGGUGACCUUACAGUACACCAGCAGGGUCACAGUGGAGAAAGGUCUUAUGAGUGUAGAGAUUUUGGGAAUUCCUUUACUCAGCACACCAACCUUGUGAGUCACUGUAGAAUUCAUAAUGGAGAAAAGUCUUAUGAAUGCAAAGAAUGUGAGGAAGCCUUUGGUAUAAAUCCAGUAUUGUUCAGCACCAAUAAACUCACACAGAGAAAGGCCUUAUCAGUGUGGCCAGUGUGGGAGAGGCUUUAACCAAAUAACUCACCUCAUUACACGUGGGAAGGUUCACACUGCAUAAUGGCCUCAUGAGUGUGAAAGAUGUGGGAAACUUUUGGGGCAUAAAACAACUAUUCGCCACCAGAAAGCUCACAGCAAGGAAGAGGUUUAUGAAUGUGGCCUGUGUGGGAAGUGCUCUAAGAACACACCAAUACACAUAGAAUUCACACUGCAGAAGAAUUUAUGAAUGCUGCAAGCGUGGGAAAUCUUUUACACAUCAUUCCUGUCUUCAACACCCCAAAGGAUCCCACCAUAGAUAGGUCCCAUGAAAUAGCAACUGUGGGAAAGCUUUCAGCCCAAGGUCCAGCCUUAUUUAGCAGCAGGAAACCCUGCUUGGGAAUAGCAUUAGACCUGAGGGAAUGUGACGUGCUCUUCAGUAUCUCCACCUGCCUGAAGUUGAACUUCACACUUGACAAAUGUCUAAUGUGUGAGAUUCCAUGAGUUCAGGCAUAGGGUGAGGCUUACAGGAGCUGCUGUACACCUUCUGGACUUCUUAAGGCCAUUGCCACAGUAAAAUCAUUACCACACUGUCUUACAGAGGCAUUUCCUGGUACUACCUUGCACAGAGGGCAAAAGCUACCCUGACAUGCUAAGGCAAGGCACAUGUGUCUGCCCUCCCAUUCCCUGGUGGCAAUAGUGUGUAGCUUGUGCUAUUUAGAAAAUUUUAUUGUUUACUGAGUGAUCAUGCCAUGGUUAGGACCCCAUUAGUGUCAAACGGACUCAGUCCUGGUUCACCCAGAGGCUUGCAGUGAAGACUUAGCUGCUUCUUGCAAGUUGGUCAUCUUAUAUGACACUUUUAGUUGAUGUUUGUAGCCUCCAAGUCAGUAACUGGUAAGUGUCUGCCUCAAAUUGCUUUGGUGUGUGCAUUAAUAAAGGCAUUUUUGUUGCA